UCCUAAGCGCAUGCGUGGCAUUUACACACCACCCGUGAAGACGAGAUGGGAUCAUCUUCAAUAAACGAUCUUUGACUGAUCAACACUCGCCUGUCAACAAACACCAACAUAAGCUAAGUCAUUAUGUCUGAGAAGGACAGUGUUUUUCCGACGCAAACCUUCUCUGCUAACAGAUUUAAAGCUCUCGACUAUGUAUUUGAGAGCACCACCAGUCUGAAGGUAAUGAUGAACCUGCUGGCCCUGCCGCCGCCCUACCUCCCCGGCAGCGGUGAUCUGUACCCGGACAGAGGAGAGCUGCCCGAGGCCUCCUACCGGACCCCGUGGAUCAGAGGAAAGGUGAUCUCCACAUGCAAACUGUUUGUCAGUGGUUCUGUGCUUGAUGACCUGGGAGGAAAAAAGCAUCCAGUCAAUUCACCUGAAAGAUUUAAUGUGACUCUGAGUGAACUGAAAGGGGAUUUGGAGAUGAUACCAAGCUCUAAUCCUGACUCAAUUAACGAUCUAAACCAGGAUGAGAUUGUAAGCCUUUUAAAAGAGUCACAGAUUGAAAAUCCACUUCAGGAAUCAUUUUACAAGUUGACAACCGACCAGAUGAAACCUGAAAAGGAGAACAGAGAUCUCCUCCUGCCAGAAGAGCUCAUGGUUGUUGAUCACCUGCUGCACUUUAAGAGACAUUUACCCACGCUGAAAGCCAAGAUGUCCAGGCUGCGGACGCUCCCUGUGGCCGACCCUCUGCUCUGUUCGACAGGAAAAAAACUCUCAGAGGACGCCGUAUUCCGGCACUGUGCGUCUUAUGAAAAACCUCCCGGUGCAAACACCAGUGACGUUCCGAUAUGUGCAAACAUUCAAGAGGAGUUUGGUAAAGAGUCGCUAAUGGAAGAAGAGUCUCUACUGCUGCCGGUUGUUCUGGACACACUGAAUCUGAGUUGGGAGAAGUGCACCGCCUUUUUAAGCAUUUGUGGUCAGAUGGACGUUGCUCCUGAACAGCUACAUGAGCAACCUCCUGUUCUGGAUAUGCUUCAUAACGCUAUCCCUUCAGAUGCAUCAGUAUCGGUGGACAUUUCCAAGUAUGAAGUACCAGAGGAGUCCGGCAACAAGUGCUGCAUUGAUGGAGGCCUGAUGGAGUUGGCAGGACGAGCGUUGCUUCCGACUGAAAUGGAGCUGGAUGUGACUUUGACGCUGACCCCCGAGACGAGUCAAAUCAAAAUCUGUCCGUCUACAUGUGACCUGCAGCAGGAAGAGCUGUCAGCGCUCGGCAGACUGUCUUUGGUGUCAGCGAGGGCUCAGACAGAGAUGGAGGCGGCUCUUUGGACGGCGGAGAAGCAUCCGUCCUGGGUGAUGGGCUUUCUGUUGGCAGAGCCUCAGAUAAAUGAACCAGUCGUGGAGUUUCAGCCGCUGUCUGAAGCCCGGAGAGUCAUAAAGUCAGAGGAUCUGCAGUCCCACAGGGAGACGGGACCCCCGCAGGUGGAUCUGUGCAACAGCAGCCAGUUCACAGAGAGCAUGACCUCCGAGGUACCCCCCACCACAGAGGAGAAGAUGGAGGAAUUCAAAAAACUGUCACCUGAACAUAUGGAGAUUGGAUCCGUAACGAUGAAUCCAACGGACAAACCUCAGUUCCCUCAGCGGAAGAAAUGCGAACCUGCUGCUUUUCUUGCUGAAGCUCCUGCGGAGGACUCUCAUCUCCAUAGAGAAACUGUUGCCGACACGUCUCAGAACGCCUUCCUGAUGCACAACACAAACAAUAAGGAAGUCAAACCUGCAGCGGUAAUAUUUUCAGAACCUGCUGCCAACACCAACACUAAAGAUGACGUUUCAGAAAAGAGGUUUUUAGAAGUUGCAGCCAUGUUUUCCCCUCGUGAGACGGACAUCAACACCAGUAGAGGAUACAGUAAGGCGGAGCAGAGCGCUUUGACCCUUGGACAUCCAGGGGAGAAGGAGAUGGACUGUCUGUCCACCUUCAUGAUCCUGAGGUCUCAGCAGAGAGCUUCGGUGACUGCAACGCGUCAGAGCUCAUCUCCAGCACUAAUGGUGGACCAACAAAAAGCACCAUCUGAGCAUCAUCAGCCUCCUCCACAUCCUCCGAGGCAAACACCAGAUCAGAGGUAUUUGAGUGGAGCGGUGUCAGGAAACGCUACCAGAGAGCAGAGAGCAGCGGUUCAGGCGACGGGUCAAAACAUCCCUCAGUCCAGCCCUGAAGGCAGACAGGAACACAGAGUCAUACUGGUCCAAGCCAACGCCAGUCAGCGGCACGCCCACUGUGAGCUGCUGGCCUUCGCUGAGCCGUGUUUGAUCUCUGCCAGGCAGCUGGGGCUUAACUUCCCGGGGCCGGGGGACUUCAGCUGCCUGGCCCCGGACCAAACACACUUCAUCCUCAAACAGCAGGAGAAGGCGCUCUGCAGGAAACAUGCACAGAGCACAGAGACGGUCAGAGAUCAGGAAGUACUGUUCAACCAGGCGGCUGUGAUUCACGUGCUGGUGACAUUCAAGGAGCUGCUGCUGAAGUGUGACCUUAAGACUGCAUCGGAUUACCUGACGAAGGCAGCGGAAGCGUGUGCGGAUCAGAGUCUGCAGCAGCUGGUGAAGAGGCUGCAGAUCAUCCUCUUCCUCAGUCUCAAGAACCAGGAGUCCGACCUCAAACUGCUGAAGCUGCAGCAGCUGCUGGCCGCUCAGCUGCAGGGCAGACAAGGACAGAACACCGUGGAGAAAAUUCUCAUCUUACUAUCAGUCCACUCUGACGACAUCAGAUCUCUAAUCAUCAGCAGUUUGAGCCACGUGGCUGGUGCUGCUGUAACUGCAGUUUGUCCUGAGGGGGACAAGAAGAAACUGAAUGGAGCCAGUGUGGUCAGCAGAAUGCAUCACAGUGUGUGUGUGGUGGUGCAUGAGCAGCACGUCGGGGCGGACUUCCCCUGGAGCUGCUUCUCUCUGGUUGUGGAGUACGACCAUCCGGGACAGUCGCCGUGGGCAACAGUCUGCAGAGAGAGGGGCAUCAGUCACCUCAGCUUCAACACCAUCAUGUCAGACACUGAAGAGAACAGUAAAGGCUGGUGGUGCCUGGAGGAAAAUGUGCCCAAUGUGCUGUUUGUCACAGAGGGGCUUCUCAACUGUCCACUGCUGCUGCAGACCCUAGAGUCAGGAUGUAAUAUAACGGUGCUGGAGAGGAGCCACUGUCCAUCCCUCCAGUUCCUCGGAGGGACCCAACACUACUGUGUGAUCACGGUGGAUGAAAGCACCGCUAUCGUCAUUCAGGAGGAGGAUGAGCUGUGUCAGGAGCGGGCGAGUGAGAGCGUAGUGAUGAGGCUGACUGCUCUCUCUCUGCAGUACAACUGCUGUUGGCUUAUCCUGCACUGCAGAGAAAGCCAGGGAGGAGGAUUUUCUGGCCAAGCCUUCAGCAACUUGGUGUUGGUUUAUUCCUCUCUGGUUCUGUUUGGCAUGAAGUCUGAGGAUCUAGACGUCAAGGUGCUGAUGUUGUCUGACGUGAUGGAAAUAUCCAAAUGGAUCAGCCGGAUCUGCUUCCACAGCCUGAUGGCCAGUGAGAGGGAUCCUCACGACUUCCUGGACAGAGACUGGCUGGCUGUGAUCCCCUCAGAGGAGGAGAAGUGCCUGCUGCAGUUCCCCUGUAUUAACCCUCUGGUGGGUCAGCUGAUGCUGAGGAGAGCCCCGUCAAUCCAGUGGCUCCUGGGGGCCCCUCUGUCUCAGCUGAAGGAGCUGCUCCCUGAGGUUCCACAGAAAGUCCUCAAGCUGUUCAGUGACACCACCUCCCUGUACAUGGAGUCUCAGGCGGUCCUGACUGAGACAACACAACACCCCAGCCCCCCAAACAGCCUGUGGACCACCACUGAUGACCCCGAGCACAACGACUCUGAACCUCAGCCAGAACUGUUCUGUAGUGACGGCAACAGCAGCUUCCUGUUCGGAGCCGAUCGCAGCUUCUGUGAACCAAACACAGACUCCAUGCAGGAGGGCCACACAGACUUUAGACUUGACGUGAGUACUUCCUUUAGCAGCCAAGAGGACCUCCACCCCCCCCAGAGGAGCUGGACCAGCAGUGGUCAGUGGAGAGAGGAGGACAGGGAGGAGGGGAAGUUCUCCGGCUGGAGAAGCAGAACUGGAGCCGUGGGGAGAGUUGUUGGAAGAGUAAACAGUGAGUGGACACCAAAGGUUCCAACAAUCCUCAACACCCAUACUCCAGGACGCAAAAGUCCUUUCGAGCUGGACUCCACCCUCAGCUUCAACCCCAACGCCAUGCAGCAGCCAGCCCACAGUCACAUGUCCAGGAACUCGCCGGUCUACAGUGUCCAUCACCCUGACAACCCCCACGUCCCCUACAGUCUGAGCCCCCCUGCAGAGGUCACGCUUUGGGGUCAAGGCCAAAGUAGCAACGACUUUCUCACCAACAGCAGAGACACCGCGAUGAUUCCCACUAACUACGGCUCCAAAUGCUGGAUCGGACAAGAGAGGAAGAGGAGGGGCGAGGCUGCAGGGUUCAUUGAAACAGUGAUGACACCGCUGAAGAGGGGGAGGUUAAGCUAUGAGAAGGUGCCCGGCAGAAGUGAUGGACAGACGAGGCUUAAAUUAUUCUAAAUGACUUGAAUGCCUUGUUCCUGUGGCCUGUUUGUAAAGACAUCGUUUUGUCGGAUUCAAGUUAUUAAAUACAUCAUUCAAGUGUUUGUUCAGGUAGAA